UGUUCAUAUUCAACCAUUUAAUUUUCCCCACAUUGAAAACCUGAAUGGGGAGUAAAAACGUGGGAACGAGAUCAACUUAUACAUGUAUUUUACACUGUCGCGUAUAUAUAUAGUGUACGAAGUGUGUACAUAAGAUUACUGAUGAACCAACAACAUCAUGGCGGCUGCUGGAAGAGGAACUUCUCGUGUUUUGCAAAAACUAAAGCACAAUGUGGAAGAAGGAAACUACUAUGAAGCGCAUCAAAUGUAUAGAACUCUUUAUCACAGAUACAUGACCCAGAAGAAACAUGCAGAGGCAGUAGAGUUGAUGUACAAUGGAGCAACUUUACUCCUCAGCCAUAAUCAGUACGCAAGUGGAACUGAUUUGUGUUUAUUGUUAGUGGAUGCAUUCAACACAUCUGAUGCCCCGGUGAAUACAGAAAACAUAGAUAAAACAUCGAGCCUGGUGUCUGCAAUCCCUGCUGAGGUUCCAGAAAGAGGGAAACUUAUAAACUCUGCUCUACAGUGGUCUAAAUCCAGUAAUACUGCCUUCAAGUCUGGAGACCCUGAACUUCAUCAGAGACUCGCAGUUACCCUCUGGAAAGAGAAGAAUUACCUGGAAGCUAGAUAUCAUUUUCUUCAUUCCUAUGACGGAGAGGGUUGUGCUACGAUGUUGAUUGAGUACCAUGUUGCUAACGGUUACCCCAGUGAGGUAGACAUGUUUGUAGCUCAAGCUGUGUUCCAGUACCUGUGCCUGAAGAACAAGGCCUGUGCAACUCUGACAUUUCAUAUAUACACAGAAAAACACCCUGCUAUCGAGAGUGGUCCACCAUUCAUUCUACCUCUUUUGAACUUCUUAUGGUUUAUGUUGAUGGCAGUAGAAAGUGGCAAGCUUCCAACCUUUACUGUAUUGUGUGAACAGUAUCAGCCAAGCUUAAAACGAGACCCAGUAUAUUUGGAGUACCUAGAUAGAAUAGGCCAACUAUUCUUUGGCUUGCCCCCACCAUCAGGACCUUCAGCAGGGGGCGGCAUGUUUGAUAAUCUUCUGCGUAGUUUUCUUGGUGGUGAAUCGGGAAAUGACGAUGAAGUACAAGUGGCUUCUCCAGCUGAGGAGGAAUUAGAUUGAUGUAACUUAUAUGAGACAUUCAAGUCUCCAUCAAUCUUACGUUGUGUCUUCUGCUUAGGGGAAUUAGAUUGAUGUAACUUAUAUGAGACAUUCAAGUCUCCAUCAAUCUUACGUUGUGUCUUCUGUUUAGGGGGAAUUAGAUUGAUGUAACUUAUAUGAGACAUUCAAGUCUCCAUAAAUCUUACGUUGUGUCUUCUGUUUUUAUAUUUCAAUCCUCUUGUUGGAAAUACUUGUUGAUUCUGAACAUUUUAAAGGUGUCUGUUUAGAAGGCUUUAACUGAAUGAAACACAAAUUAUAUCAACAUAGGGCAAAUGAAAGGACUGUUAGUUCCCAAUGCAAUAUAACUUCAUUACCUAAAAUUCCUUUUGAGUGAUCAAUGUAAUCAUUACACAUUCUUUAUUGUAGGAAAAUAUUUACAAAAAUCACAAAGAAUAAACAUUACAUAAAAUGAUAUUAAUUUGAAUAUAAAUUAAACAAGUCAAAACAGAAGGAUUUAUAAACACUAUUCAAACUUUAAGGUACCUUGAUCAUACGUUUGACAUCAAAAUCCCUUUAUUGUUUGCAUCUAGGUCCAGUAUAAACUUGCAGGAACGAAAUCCAUUUGUUAUCAACAAUUUUAAACUGAAUCAGUAUCUAUGUAUAAUUCUUUCUAUUGAUGAUAAAAGAACGUUCUUGAUAAAGUUGUUUAGCCAUUAUUGGAAUAUCAUAGUACCCAUAGUUAAUUCAAAUCUUUCUAUUUUGUUUUAUUGUACAAGGGUUUCAAAGUUGGUCUUUUUUGUUUAUUUAUUCAUUAUUUUU